AUGCCGCCCCCGCCCUUUGAUGCAGCACUGGUCACACCCGAUGCCGUGGUGGAGGCGUAUCAGCGACUGCGACCUCACGUGCAUCGCACGAGGGUCUUUACGUGUGAACAGCUGGAUGAACGAGCAGCUCAUGGGGCCAAGAGGAGGCUCUAUUUCAAGGCAGAGCAUGAGCAAAAGAUUGGUGCCUUCAAAAUUCGUGGUGCCAUCAAUGCGAUCAGCCUUUCCUCGGCCGAUCACAUUGUAACGCAGUCCAGUGGCAACCAUGCGCAGGCGAUUGCGCUGGGAUGCAAGCUUUUAGGCAAGAAGGCUGUGGUCGUGAUGCCGGAGGAUUCCCCAGGCGUGAAAGUCAGCGCGGUGCGGGACACCUACGGUGCAGAGGUGCGCUUCUGCCAGCCCACGCAGGAGGCGCGCGAGGCCAUGUCUGCGGAGCUGGUGCAGGCGCUGCGCGCCCAGUUCGGGGAGGACCAAGCGGAGGAGAUCCAUCCGAAUCAGGACGUGCGAGUGGUGAACGGGCAGGGCUCCGUAGGAUUAGAGCUUUUGGAGCAAGAACCGAAUUUGGAUGCGAUUGUGGUCUCCAUCGGUGGAGGUGGCUUAAUCUCUGGAGUGGCGACCUAUGUGAAAUCGGUCAACAGUAAGAUUAAAAUCAUUGGUGCGGAGCCUGAGUGUGCCAAGAGUGCCUUUAUGUCCAAAAAGGCUGGUGAGUUAGUCAAGAAUCCGCCCAAUACCGUGAUCAACACCAUUGCAGACUCAGUGAAGAGCAGCCUGGGUCCAACGACAUAUCCCGUGGUGCGCGACUUAGUGGAUGAUGUCUUCACUGCUACGGAGCAGGAGAUUGAAGAUGCCACGAGAUUGAUGAUGGAACGAGGGAAGCAGGUCAUCGAACCGGGAUGUGGACUUGCUGUGGCAGUGGCCACCUCCUCACAGCUCUAUGAGAAGUAUCCAGAACUCCGGAACGUGGCAGUUGUGCUUUGUGGUGGCAAUGUGGACUUGGACCACUUGCCGUGGACACAUCGCAAGAGGAAGGCGGACGAGAUGGGCAGCACUUGA